GGUUUUGGCAGUCUGCAUCUUUUCUAUCUCUAACUUUAACUUUUGCGAAGCUUUUGGCCGGUGACUGCUCGGCAAACAAAUCGUUUGUUCCCUGUGAAACAUGAUGCCAUCUCCAAAAAAGCGAACCACAGUUACUCCAGCUGCGGUUGCAGCAAAACGACGAAGGGGAGAUGCACAGCCUCCAAGCAAGGGUAAAUUCGAAACACAUCUGGAGCAGUUAUCGCAGAGUACAGAAGACGAGGAUCCGGAAUCUCUUUGGCAUAGGAAACCUCUCGAAGAGGGUCUUGGAACUAAGAAAUCUAUAGCAUUUCAGGUUUUCGAUAUCGAAUCUUUUCACGAACCUGGAACCGCUACCUCCUGCGAUAGAACGAACAUCAAGUUAUACGGUGUUACUCGACUCGGCAACUCUGUAUGCGCAGUUGUGACUGAUUACUUUCCCCACUUCUACUUUCAGGCACCCGAAAAUUUUGCUCCGGAGCAUCUGGAUGCAGCUCAAAGGCACUUGAAUAAUGCUGUAGCCAUAGCUCUACGUCGAGCAAACUCGAAUCUGCAGAUGUCUGCGAAAGUUGUGGAAAAUCUUAUACGGCUGAGCAUCGUACAAGGCGAAAAUGUUUACUACUAUCGAGGAUCCGAAAAGAAGUACCCGUUCAUCAAAGUCAGUGGCACAACUAAUGCUUUGAACAAAGCCAAGCAAGAGCUAAAAAGCGGUGGUCUCCAUUAUGGAAAUGGUCCAGUACAGGUUGGUACGCUCUAUGAAGCGAAUAUCGACCCUGAGGUGAAGUUCAUGGCUCAUAGCGGAGUCGUUGGUUGUGGUUGGGUAGAAAUUCCACUUGGAAAAGGAAAAAUCCAUGAAGGGAAGUCGAAUACGUCGAGAUGUCAGCUUGAGGUUGAAGUGAAGCUCGAAGAUCUUAUAGCGCAUGAUCCGGAAGGCGAAUGGGCAGACGUGGCUCCGAUACGUACUUUGUCACUUGAUAUCGAAUGUAUGGGUAGGCGUGGAAUUUUUCCUGAUGCCAGCGAAGAUCCAGUUAUCCAGAUAGCUAAUAUGGUCAAGGUGGAAGGCGAGUCUGUGCCGUUUAUCCGAAAUUGUUUCGUGCUGGGAACGUGUGCGCCUGUGAUUGGUUCCGAAAUAAUUGAGUGCAAGAGCGAGCAAGAUUUGCUGGAAAAAUGGGCAGAAUUCAUUCGAGUUGUGGACCCCGAUAUCUUGACUGGUUACAAUAUUCUCAAUUUUGAUCUGCCGUACAUCCUGGACCGAGCAAAGGUGCUGAAAUUACCUUCGGUAGCGCUGUUGGGAAGGCAGAAAGACCGAGCAUCUGGCGUUCGUGAUGCUCCAAUAUCUUCAAAGCAGAUGGGAAGCCGCGUUAAUAAGAGUAUCGACAUUCAUGGAAGAAUCAUUUUCGAUGUCUUGCAGGUGGUUCUCAGAGACUACAAACUCAGAAGUUAUACGUUGAACAGCGUAUCCUACCAUUUCUUAGCGGAACAAAAGGAGGACGUGGCGUAUAGCUUCAUUCCCGAGCUGCAAAAGGGUGACGAUUACUCUCGAAGAAGAUUGGCCGUUUACUGCAUGAAGGAUGCUGCGUUACCGCUGAAACUUUUGGAGAAACUGCUUUCCGUAAUCAACUACAUGGAAAUGGCUAGGGUGACCGGCGUUCCGUUGAACUACCUGCUUACAAGAGGACAGCAAAUCAAGAUCUUGUCUAUGAUGUUACGAAAGUGCAAGGCAAACCAUUUCUUCUUGCCAGUUAUCGAUGUGCAAGGAGGCGACGCUGAGAGCUAUGAAGGUGCCACUGUCAUCGAUCCCUUACGUGGUUUCUACAACGAGCCAAUCGCCACACUUGAUUUUGCCUCUCUAUAUCCCUCCAUAAUGAUAGCUCACAAUCUCUGCUACACUACCUUGCUGAAGAAGCCAGAAGGAGAAGAAGGGAAGGAUUACAUCAAAACGCCAACGGGAAACUACUUUGCUACCAAAGAACGACGUCGCGGUUUGCUACCUGUGAUUCUAGAAGAUUUACUUGCUGCAAGAAAACGAGCGAAAAAUGAGAUGAAGCAUGAGAAGGAUGAGUUCAGAAAAAUGGUGCUGAAUGGUAGACAAUUGGCAUUGAAGAUCUCUGCCAAUUCUGUUUAUGGAUUUACUGGUGCUACCGUUGGAAAACUGCCUUGUUUGGAGAUCUCACAGUCCGUGACAGCGUUUGGAAGGCAAAUGAUUGAUCUGACAAAGAACGAAGUUGAGAAGCGUUAUGUGGCAGGAGCUCUAGAUGGAAAGUGUCCAGCUAAUGCUCAGGUUGUUUAUGGAGACACUGAUUCUGUUAUGGUAAAGUUUGGUGUGAAAACAGUAGCUGAAGCUAUGGAGAUUGGUCUGCAUGCCGCCACCGAAGUCAGCAAAAUCUUCACUCCACCCAUCAAGCUCGAAUUUGAAAAAGUGUAUUUCCCAUAUCUACUCAUAAACAAAAAGAGAUAUGCUGGAUUAUACUUUACUAAACCGGACAAGCAUGACAAAAUGGAUUGCAAAGGACUAGAAACUGUCCGACGAGAUAAUUGUCCAUUAGUGGCAAAAGUGCUGAGCACCUGCCUUGAAAAGCUGAUGAUUGACCGUGACGCGGAUUCUGCGCUUGAAUUUGCGAAACGAGUCAUCUCGGAUCUUCUUUGCAAUAAGAUCGACAUCUCGAUGUUGAUUAUCAGCAAAGAGUUGACAAAGUCAGGCGAGAAAUACCAAGCAAAGCAAGCACAUGUGGAGCUGGCAGCUAGAAUGAAAAAACGUGACCCAGGAUCAGCACCGCGACUCGGCGACAGAGUACCGUAUGUGAUAGUGGCUGCCGCUAAGAAUGUCCCUGCUUAUGAGAAAGCCGAGGAUCCUGAGUUUGUUCUGAAAAACAACAUACCUAUCGACACAAGGUACUACCUAACCAACCAACUCGCAAAACCUCUUGCCAGGAUCUUUGAGCCAAUCCUCGGUGACCGAGCAGAGAAGAUUCUGAUAGAGGGUGAGCACACACGUGUGAGGACUGUGGUGCAGAGCAAAGUGGGUGGUCUUGCUGCAUUCACAAAGAAACAGGUUACCUGUUUGGGUUGCAAAGCGGUUCUGAAAGAUCAAAAACGAGCUGUCUGCGAUUUUUGCAUCAAGCAAGGCAAAUUACCGGAAAUCUAUGCACAACGGAUAACGAACUUGAAUACCGUAGAAAGGCACUUCUCGCGAUUGUGGACGGAGUGUCAGAACUGCGCCAAGACCAUGCAAGAUAAGGUCAACUGUGCAGCUCGAGACUGUCCCAUUUGGUACAUGCGUCAAAAGGUCCGCAACGAUCUUCGUGAAGCCCAUACCGCAGUGGAACGAUUUGGAGAACCAUCGUGGUGAAGGGAAUUGUCGUGGUUUUCUGUUGAUUGUUCCAACAUUCUUUACCUAUAUUGCAUCUCGUUAACAAUACUUUUUAUAGGCUGUUUUAUUUU